AUGGCGGCUCUGGCCUACAACCUGGGCAAGCGGGAGAUCAACCACUACUUCAGCGUGAGGAGCGCCAAGGUGCUGGCGCUGGUGGCUGUGCUGCUGUUCGCGGCAUGCCACCUCGCCUCCCGCCGCUACCGAGGCAGUGAUUCAUGUGAAUACCUUCUCUCAAGUGGCAGAUUUCUUGGAGAAAAAGUUUGGCAACCCCACAGUUGUAUGAUGCAUAAAUAUAAAAUCAGUGAAGCGAAGAAUUGCCUUGUAGAUAAACAUAUUGCAUUUAUUGGAGAUUCCAGAAUUCGUCAAUUGUUUUAUUCUUUUGUAAAAAUAAUUAACCCUCAGUUCAAAGAAGAAGGAAAUAAGCAUGAAAACAUUCCUUUUGAAGACAAGAUUGCAUCAGUUAAAGUGGAUUUUCUGUGGCAUCCAGAAGUUAAUGGUUCUAUGAAACAGUGUAUCAAAGUGUGGACUGAGGAUUCUGUUGCAAAGCCCCAUGUGAUUGUAGCAGGAGCUGCCACAUGUUCCAUCAAGAUUCACAAUGGUAGCAAUGAAGCACUUUCUCAAUAUAAAAUGAACAUUACCUCCAUAGCACCGCUUUUAGAAAAAUUGGCAAAGACUAGUGAUGUUUAUUGGGUCUUACAAGAUCCAGUUUAUGAAGAUCUAUUAAGUGAAAAUAGAAAAAUGAUCACUAAUGAGAAGAUAGAUGCCUACAAUGAAGCUGCAGUCAGUAUUUUGAAUAGUAGCACCAGAAAUUCUAAGUCAAAUGUUAAGAUGUUCAGUGUUUCCAAAUUAAUUGCUCAAGAAACCAUCAUGGAAUCUUUGGAUGGCUUACAUCUUCCUAAAUCAAGCAGAGAAACUAGUGCAAUGAUUCUUAUGAACGUGUACUGCAAUAAGAUUUUGAAGCCUGUAGAUGGUUCCUGUUGUCAACCCCAGCCUCCUCUUACUCUCAUACAGAAACUAGCUGCUUGUUUUUUCACCUUAUCUAUUAUUGGAUAUUUAAUUUUUUAUGUAAUUCAUCGUAAUGCUCAUCGAAAGAAUAAGCCAUGUACUGAUUUGGAAAGUGGUGAGGAAAAGAAAAAUAUUAUUAAUAACCCUGCAUCUCCAUUAGAAAUACUUUUACAAUCUUUCUGCAAACUUGGCCUGAUUAUGGCUUACUUCUACAUGUGUGACCGUGCAAAUCUUUUUAUGAAGGAAAACAAGUUUUAUACCCAUUCGUCUUUCUUUAUUCCAAUUAUCUACAUCUUGGUUUUGGGAGUAUUUUACAAUGAAAAUACUAAAGAGACUAAAGUAUUAAAUAGAGAACAAACAGAUGAGUGGAAGGGCUGGAUGCAACUUGUGAUUUUGAUUUAUCACAUCUCUGGAGCAAGUACUUUUUUGCCUGUGUACAUGCACAUUCGAGUUCUGGUUGCUGCAUAUCUGUUUCAGACAGGGUAUGGACAUUUUUCAUAUUUUUGGAUAAAAGGAGACUUUGGAAUCCAUAGAGUAUGUCAGGUCUUAUUUCGUCUCAAUUUCCUGGUAGUGGUGUUAUGUAUAGUAAUGGAUCGGCCUUAUCAAUUCUAUUACUUUGUUCCCUUGGUCACUGUGUGGUUCAUGGUCAUAUAUGUUACUUUAGCACUGUGGCCACAGAUUAUCCAAAAGAGAGCAAACGGAAAUUGUUUCUGGCAUUUUGGCUUAUUGUUGAAACUAGGCUUUUUGCUGUUAUGCAUAUGUUUUUUGGCAUAUUCUCAGGGUGCAUUUGAGAAGAUCUUUUCUCUUUGGCCAUUGUCCAAGUGUUUUGAACUGAAAGGAAAUGUAUAUGAAUGGUGGUUCAGAUGGCGGUUAGACCGUUAUGUAGUCUUCCAUGGAAUGCUGUUUGCUUUUAUUUAUUUGGCUUUACAGAAGCGUCAAGUACUUUCUGAAGGAAAGGGUGAACCUCUUUUUUCAAACAAAAUUUCAAACUUUCUAUUGUUUAUUUCAGUAGUUUCUUUCUUGACCUAUUCCAUCUGGGCUAGCAGUUGUAAAAACAAAGCAGAAUGCAAUGAACUCCACCCAUCUGUUUCUGUGGGGCAGAUUUUAGCCUUCAUCCUAAUAAGGAAUAUUCCUGGAUAUGCCCGUUCAGUUUACAGUUCAUUUUUUGCUUGGUUUGGAAAAAUUUCAUUAGAGCUGUUUAUUUGUCAGUAUCACAUAUGGCUGGCAGCCGACACAAGGGGUAUUUUGGUACUCAUACCUGGAAACCCUAUGCUCAACAUCAUUGUCAGCACUUUCAUCUUCGUUUGUGUGGCACAUGAAAUUUCUCAGAUCACUAAUGAUCUUGCACAGAUUAUUAUUCCUAAAGAUAACUCAUCUCUCUUGAAAAGGUUGGCAUGUAUAACUGCGUUUUUUUGUGGACUACUCAUCUUAUCGUCCAUUCAAGAUAAAUCAAGACAUUAGGUUCCUAAAAUCUCAAAAAACUUAAAACUCUUCAGGCUUACUUUGUAUCUGUCUGGAGAAGAAAAGGAUCUAUCUGGAAAUACAA